AUGGAACUGAGAGAGCGCAUACCGCGCAUCCACCAAUAUGCAAUUGAUGAAAAGGGCGCAGCACCUAAGCCUCCCCCAGCCCUCUCGCCCGCGUCAGCUUCGUGCAGCUUUAGUUCGCCGUCUUCCUCCCCGUUCGACUUCACGUCGUCCACCACGGCUUCCCAACAGUCAACAUGGCUUUCCUCACCAGCUCCCAACGCCUCUCGGCAACCAUUGAAUACGAGUCAACCCGCAUUCGCGCAUCGUCAGCCGGACUUUGUCCUCUACGAUCAACCAGCUCCGGUCUCCCAUCGGCCUCAGCGAGCACCCAGCGCUCCUCAGAAUACGUUUAACAACGGCCAGCACUUCUACGCAAAUUCUGCCCCGUCAUCCACUACAGAAUUCCAACAGCCACGGUUACGCCAGCGUCCCCCAGUCCCCCUGUUUUCCAGCUCUAGCAACAACAUUCCUCAACUCCACAACGCCACAAACAUGGCAGGUACGGUGCAUCCUCUAUGUGCUCUCGACUCCGAGCUCACCAUGCCGGCAGACUUGAACAGCAACAACUCCUUUGACUCGGGCGCAAGCCUGAUGUCCAACUUCAACAACGGAGGCUUUUCUCUGGACUCGGUGUCCGCAUUCACGGCGAUCAACGAUCCUUCUGUUGCCGCCGGGUCUACGCGCACCGUGUCCCCCAAGGACAUCUUCAAUGAUGCCUUUGGGUCUGCGCCCCCAUCUACGGCGUUCACAAACUUGACCUCUCCCGAUAUCGGUGACUCCCCCUUCAUCAACGAUAGCUUCGAGUGCUCCCCCAUGUUCAACGGCGAGCCCAACAUGACCGACACAAGCGAUUGGUUCUCCCUGUUCCCCGAGCAGGAGACCAAGGUUCCUGAUAAUGUGUAUGCGCCUGCCAUCUCCAUGCCUUUGGAGCGCACUAUCAGCAGCCAGUCUAUGGAGCGAUCUGGUUCUUCCAGCACCGGCUCCCCCAUCGUUUUGGACAGCUACACUCGAAGGAAGUCAUCUGUUACCAACUCACCUGCCAUCAACGGCGUCAGCAAGUCUCGUCGGCGAAAGGGUCCUCUGCCAAGCAUCACGGUAGACCCCAAUGACAAGGUCGCUUUGAAGCGAGCACGCAAUACGCUUGCUGCUCGUGAGUCUCGUCAGCGCAAGUUUGAUCAUGUCAGCACCCUCGAGCAGCGCAACUCUGAGCUGCAGGCUGAGGUUGAAAAAUGGAAGAGCAUUGCUAUGGCUCAUGGAUACAGCGGACAAUGA